GUGUGGGAGACAAACACACAACUCCUACAGCAAGAGGGGGGAGAGAGAGAGGGGAGAGUCCUUCUUCCUUGAUCGAACUCUGAAAAUUUCCGACGAAAUCUCUUGAAAUCUCGCCGCUCAACUGAGGAUUUCUAUCGAUUUAGAGGAGAGGAGAGAGGAGAGAGGAGAGAGGAGAGAGAGAUCGGCCAUGGGUCAAGCCUUUAGGAAGCUUUUUGAUAGCUUCUUCGGUAACCAAGAGAUGAGGGUUGUGAUGCUUGGACUGGACGCAGCUGGUAAAACUACUAUACUGUACAAGUUGCAUAUAGGAGAGGUUUUAUCCACAGUCCCGACAAUUGGUUUCAACGUAGAGAAAGUCCAGUAUAAAAAUGUGGUAUUUACGGUGUGGGAUGUCGGUGGGCAAGAGAAACUGAGGCCUCUCUGGAGGCAUUACUUUAACAAUACUGAUGGCCUGAUCUAUGUUGUUGAUUCCUUGGACAGAGAAAGAAUUGGGAGAGCAAAAGCAGAGUUUCAGGCGAUUAUCAGGGAUCCUUUCAUGCUUAACAGUAUCAUAUUGGUCUUCGCGAACAAACAGGACAUGAAAGGUGCAAUGACACCGAUGGAGGUGUGCGAGGGCCUGGGUUUAUAUGAUUUAAAGAACCGUAUAUGGCACAUCCAAGGGACUUGUGCCCUAAAAGGUGACGGCCUCUAUGAGGGCUUAGACUGGCUAGCAAGUACAUUGAAGGAAUUACAAGCUUCAGGACGAUCGACCUCAGCUGGCACUUCCAUUAGACAGGAGCGCAGGAUUGACUUAUUGCGUUCUUGUUAUGUAGGUUUCAACGUAGAGAAAGUCCAGUAUAAAAAUGUGGUAUUUACGGUGUGGGAUGUCGGUGGGCAAGAGAAACUGAGGCCUCUCUGGAGGCAUUACUUUAACAAUACUGAUGGCCUGAUCUAUGUUGUUGAUUCCUUGGACAGAGAAAGAAUUGGGAGAGCAAAAGCAGAGUUUCAGGCGAUUAUCAGGGAUCCUUUCAUGCUUAACAGUAUCAUAUUGGUCUUCGCGAACAAACAGGACAUGAAAGGUGCAAUGACACCGAUGGAGGUGUGCGAGGGCCUGGGUUUAUAUGAUUUAAAGAACCGUAUAUGGCACAUCCAAGGGACUUGUGCCCUAAAAGGUGACGGCCUCUAUGAGGGCUUAGACUGGCUAGCAAGUACAUUGAAGGAAUUACAAGCUUCAGGACGAUCGACCUCAGCUGGCACUUCCUAAUUCUGAUUGCAAAAGACUCUCAGGUGUCCAAUUUGAGUGAAAAUCCUUCGACAAGAAGCUGAAAUUCAUCAGCUGCUUUGCUUUGCUUUGAUAACGAUUGCGAUAUGAUGUCACUGUUUUGGGAUAUAUUAGAAUUAACCUCUCCCCUUGUAAUUUCCACUUGCCGUCUUGAAACCUUUGCUUGCCUGUGGGGAGCUAUUUAGUUAUGUAAAUGCAAUGGUUGACAUGAGAUAAAGAGUGUUUCAAAAGUAUA